AUGGAGGCGGACAGGCUCAAUUCUCCCCACACAUCAGCAGUUGUGUUUGAAGUUCUUGGCCAUCAGCUUCAGUUUGCUCAGGAUCCAAAUUCUAAACACUUAGGGACCACCGUGUGGGAUGCGUCAAUGGUAUUUGCCAAAUUUCUGGAAAAAAAUUGUAGAAAAGGAAGGUUUUCACCAUCUAAAUUGAGAGGGAAACGUGUGAUUGAACUUGGAGCAGGCUGUGGGGUAGCUGGAUUAGGGAUGGCCUUGCUAGGGUGUGAUGUUAUCUCGACAGAUCAAGCCGAGGUUUUACCCUUGCUUAUGAGAAACGUGGAACGCAACACUUCUAGGAUCCUGCAAAUGAACCCUGCUCCUGAUUACUUUGGUUCCAUCCAAGUGGCAGAGCUGAACUGGGGAGAUGCAGAUCAUAUAAAGGCUGUUGGUCCACCGUUUGAUUAUAUCAUCGGCACUGAUGUUGUUUAUGCGGAGCAUCUUUUGCAACCUCUGUUGCAGACAAUACUUUCGUUAUCUGGUCCCAGAACCACCAUUAUGUUGGGAUAUGAACUUCGUUCCACUAAUGUCCACGACCAAAUGCUCGACCUGUGGAAGAUGAAUUUCGAGGUUAAAAGUAUUCCCAAGGCAAAGAUGCAUAGUGAGUACCAACAUCCGAGUAUACAGUUAUACAUGAUGAGCCGUAAACCUUCAGACUUCAAAGGCAAUAACAACGAGCUUGAUUGCCAUGUUGAAGAUGUUAAGCCUGAGAAGACCAAACAAAUAUCUGAAGAUGAUCAUGAUGGUGAUGGCGAUAAUUGUGUAGUUAGUGAAACUUACGACUGCAGAGAUGAUCAUCAAACUCACGAAGAAGGAAGCAAACUAAUUUUAGAUCACAAGGGUAAAAGGAUUAUCAGUGAGUGGGAAGCAAGAAGAUAUGGAGCUAUGGCUGCUCGGCUUCUUAAGGACGUAAAGAUAACAUAA